CCUACAACCUGAUAAAAAACUAGUAAAAGGCUAAAAGGAUACAGGAGAGGACUAUAAUUUUUGUAAAAUAUUAAAUUUGUUAGAAAAAUGAAUUCUGAAAACCCCAAUAAUGAUGAAGGAGAAGAUAAUAUUAAAUAUACCAACGAACAAAAAAUAGUAGCUGCUGUUUGGAUCCACGAAACCGUACACAACAAUCAGACUUUAGAUGAUAUCAAAAACAAUUUCAAAAUUCGGUUUAAAUUGAAACCCCCAAAGACAACCGAUUUAAUUAUGUGGGAAAAUCAACUAUUUUCAAAAGGUGAAAUUAAAAAUGAUGAACAAACCGACGAAGACAAGGAUAAUAAUUUGAAUAUAGAUAUAGAUGAUGAGUUAUCUGACGGAGGAAGUAGUGAAGAUGAAAAUUCUGAUUAAAAUCAAUAUUUAUAGGCUAUA